CCGCCCCGCCUCCUCGGCCCCGCCCCACCUCCCCGCCCCGGCCCUCCUCGCGGCCUCAGCGUCUUCCUUCCGGGUCGCGCUGGCCGGGGUUGCAGUGGUUGUGCAGCGGCCAGAGAGCCGGGGAGCCGCCCCCGCACCCAGGCCUUCUCGCACUGCCUGGUCGCUGGUGGAGCCCGCUGCGCGCGCCUCUCCCGGACCCUGCAGGAUUUUUUGUCCUGGCCUGGUUCCCUUGCCUUCUCCAUUUGCUUCAUUUGCUUGGAUUGUCAAGAAGCUUUGAAGCUGGAUAGGAGUCUCCAGUUUUCCUCUUGAUCCAUAUGUUUCAGGUAAAAGAAUGUCACAUGUCAGCAUUUAUACCGGAAGUCAGCAUGCAAAUUUCAGGGUACAUGGAUGAAUGCCAACUUUUGCAUUUCCCAUGUGUAUCCUGUGGCCAUUCUAUCCGGGAACAUCCUUCAAAGAGUUCAUGCGUCUUACUGAGGACACCUGACCUUUUGAAGCUUCAUAAUUCACAUCUAGAUGUCACCGGUCUUUCCCAUGUUAACAGUUCUGACUAUGUUUUAUUAUAUAUGCCUUCGGCGCCGAGCCAGGACAGCUACAAGAGGAGAGAUGAUGAACAGCCAUAGAACUAUAGAAUCAAACAGCCGGACUUCCCCUCUCAAUGCGGAGGUGGUCCAGUAUGCCAAAGAAGUAGUGGAUUUCAGUUCCCAUUAUGGAAGUGAGAAUAGUAUGUCCUAUACUAUGUGGAAUUUGGCUGGCGUACCAAAUGUAUUCCCAAGUUCUGGUGACUUUACUCAGACAGCUGUGUUUCGAACUUAUGGGACAUGGUGGGAUCAGUGUCCUAGUGCUUCCUUGCCAUUCAAGAGGACGCCACCUAAUUUUCAGAGCCAGGACUAUGUGGAACUUACUUUUGAACAACAGGUGUAUCCUACAGCUGUUCAUGUUCUAGAAACCUAUCAUCCUGGAGCAGUCAUCAGAAUUCUCGCUUGUUCUGCAAAUCCUUAUUCCCCAAAUCCACCAACUGAAGUAAGAUGGGAGAUUCUUUGGUCAGAGAGACCUACGAAGUUGAAUGCUUCCCAAGCUCGCCAGUUUAAACCUUGUAUUAAGCAGAUAAAUUUUCCCACAAAUCUUAUACGACUGGAAGUAAAUAGUUCUCUUCUGGAUUAUUACACUGAAUUAGAUGCAGUUGUGCUACAUGGUGUGAAGGACAAGCCAGUGCUUUCUCUCAAGACUUCACUUAUUGACAUGAAUGAUAUAGAAGACGAUGCCUAUGAAGAAAAGGAUGGUUGUGGAAUGGACAGUCUUAACAAAAAGUUUAGCAGUGCUGUCCUCAGGGAAGGGCCAAAUAAUGGAUAUUUUGAUAAACUACCUUAUGAGCUUAUUCAACUGAUUCUGAAUCAUCUUACACUACCAGACCUGUGUAGAUUAGCACAGACUUGCAAACUACUGAGCCAGCAUUGCUGUGAUCCUCUACAAUACAUCCAUCUCAAUCUGCAACCAUACUGGGCAAAACUAGAUGACACUUCUUUGGAAUUUCUACAGUCUCGAUGCACUCUUGUCCAGUGGCUUAAUUUAUCUUGGACUGGCAAUAGAGGCUUCAUCUCUGUUGCAGGAUUUAGCAGGUUUCUGAAGGUUUGCGGAUCUGAAUUAGUACGCCUUGAAUUGUCUUGCAGCCACUUUCUUAAUGAAACUUGCUUAGAAGUUAUUUCUGAGAUGUGUCCAAAUCUACAGGCCUUAAAUCUCUCCUCCUGUGAUAAGCUACCACCUCAGGCUUUCAACCACAUUGCCAAGUUAUGCAGCCUUAAACGACUUGUUCUUUAUCGAACAAAAGUAGAGCAAACAGCACUGCUCAGCAUUUUGAACUUCUGUUCAGAGCUUCAGCACCUCAGUUUGGGCAGUUGUGUCAUGAUUGAAGACUAUGAUGUGAUAGCUAGCAUGAUAGGAGCCAAGUGUAAAAAACUCCGGACCCUGGAUCUAUGGAGAUGUAAGAAUAUUACUGAGAAUGGAAUAGCAGAACUGGCUUCUGGCUGUCCAUUUCUGGAGGAACUUGACCUCGGCUGGUGCCCAACUCUGCAGAGCAGCACCGGGUGCUUCACCAGACUGGCACGCCAGCUCCCACACUUGCAAAAACUCUUUCUUACAGCUAACAGAUCUGUAUGUGACACAGACAUUGAAGAAUUGGCAUGUAAUUGUACCAGGUUACAGCAGCUGGACAUACUAGGAACAAGAAUGGUAAGUCCAGCAUCCUUAAGAAAACUCCUGGAAUCUUGUAAAGAUCUUUCUUUACUUGAUGUGUCCUUCUGUUCGCAGAUUGAUAACAGAGCUGUGCUAGAACUGAAUGCAAGCUUUCCAAAAGUGUUCAUAAAAAAGAGCUUUACUCAGUGACUUAAUAUAUGUUCUGUAAUAAAAUUAAUGUGCUUUGGUGGGGUUUAUUUUGGGAUUGGUUUUGGGUUUUGGUUUUAGUUGUUUUAAUGGUAAGAAUUAAGAUAUUUGUAGAUUUUAAAGAAAAAUAUGAAAUGGACUGUCCAUUAAAUCAAGUAAAAAUGUGCACAAAUGUUUUCAUAAAAUAUUGCAAGUACUUCUCUUCAAGAAUAUGUGAGUGGAUGAUAUUUUUACCUUAUGUUAAUCAGUGAUAUGCUUUAGUCAAUAAUAUGAUUGAUAAAAGAAUAACAUGGAAACAUGCUAACUUAUUUUCAAAGGAACACUGAGCAAUAAAGUAUCAUGGUAUUUAUGCAAAAAAAAGGUAAUUUUUUACACCUCCAUGUAAAGAUGUCUUAUUAAGCCUGUGACCUGGCAAGUGUUUUGUUCAGUAUGUACAAAAUGGUCAGAGUUAGCUGGAGAAGGAGACAUGCUUUUCCAGCUGUUUGGUUAUUUCUCUGAAUUAAUUGUUCAACUGGAAAAUUUGUAGUUUUUCUAGCCAGGUGUGGUGGCACACACUUGUAGUCCUAGUGGCACAGGGGGUGGAGGCAGGAGGAUUACUUGAGAUGGGAUUUUGAGACUCUAGUGUACUUAUGACUACACCUGUGAACAGCCACUGCACUCCAACCUGGGCAAUGUAGCAAGUCCCUUUCUCUUAAAGAAAAUUGUAGUGUUUCCACUUUUCUUCUGAUAUUUUUGUCUAUUUUACUACUGGAUAAUGCCAAUAUAAAAAUUUUGGUAUAAUCAAGAAUAAGAGGUAAACUACUAAAUAAAAAAGCUUUCCAACUGUUAGAAGCAGAUGCCUUAACAUUUUGCAAAAGGUAAAGUUUUGAGGUUUCUGAAUAUAUUUGGAUUUUCUUUAUAUAUUAAAAAAUCAUAAAUGUGGAUAUAUAUAUAAUUAUACAAAUUAUACAAAAACAUACACUGUUUUGUUAAAAAAUGCAUUAAUUCUGCUACUGAGAAAGUAGAAAAUAUUUUGUGGCACGAAAAGGCACAGCUGUUUUGAACAGAAAACUAAUAUUAACUGUAGUAUAACGAAAUUCAUUGUCCUACUCAGUGCAAAAUGGUUAUAUUCCAGCAUCCGCACACCCUAGCAUGAUCCUGUAGAAUUGUGGUAAUACGGGAGCCACUGAAAUAGCCACUAAUGUGGCUCUUUUAUUAAUUUUAAUUGAAUUCAAGUAGAACUUCACUGUUUCAGUUGCACUAGCUACAUGUCAAGUGUUCAGUAGUCAUAUGAGGAUAAUGCUUCCUUUGUGCCUGGCACUGUUUCUUGUGCUUUGCAUUUACUAAUUCAAUUCUCACAACAACCCUGUAAGAUAAAUGCCAUUACUUACCCCCAUUUACAGAUGAGGAAACUGAGGCAAAAAAAGAUUAAAGAAUUUACUCAUGAUCCUAAAGCUGCUAGUGGCAGAGCCAACAUAUAAACCCGGGCCAUCUGGCUUCUGAGGCAUUGCAUUCAACCUGUACUUUUAAAUGUUCAGGGUAGCUUCUGGCUCUAGGGCAGAGGUCAGGAAACUUUUUCUAUAAAGGGCCAGAUAGUAAAUAUUUUAGGCUUUCUGGGCUAAGAGGUAAAACUGAGAUUGUUAUGUAGGUACUUAAAUAACUGGAGAGAAAUAACAUUUGCACAAAAGUUUUAUUGACAAAAUUCAAAACAAUAAUUGAGAACUAUCUUUUUGUAAUAUGGGUUUACCAAUGAAAAGAAUUUAUUUAGGGGGAGCAUCAAAGUUAAUGUUUCAUGUCAUUAAAGUUGAUUAUAAGUACUUGUUAAUGCUGAUCUGUAAUAAGAUUUUGCAUAUUUUACUUCUGAAAAUUCCUUGCAGAUAGGUAUUGUUAAAUACUUAAUUCAUGAGAAUAUGAUUUUUGUUGAGCAUAUUCAUCACUUCGAAGGUACCUUCUUUGGAUAUUUUCCUUUUAGCAUGUUAUUACAUUGCAGCUUAAUCACUUCCAAUUGAAGAUUAGGUAGAAGCUUUUCAACUGCACUGGGUUAAAUCGAUUUUGAAAAAUGGAAAUUUCCUUUGCGCUUGCAAACUCCAAAAAAUACUGCGGGAACUAUAGUGUGAGCUACAAAUUUGUGUGAGAAUGGAGAUCCCGCUUUGUUGUCUUACCUUUUGAUAGCACAGGAAAUGUGUAAAGCAGCACAGGAAAUGUGUAAAGCAGCUUGUUGUUAUUUGUAAUUCAAAUAGUGUUGUCAUCAAAAUGACUUUUGUUGACAUGUUUCACAUGUAAACACUUGUUUUGCCUUGUAAUUUUGGCUUGAAUUCAUUUCAAAAUUUUAUUAAGUCUUGAGCAAAAGCUAAAUUCCAAAGCCAUUCAGUGUUCCGUAAUAGUGGUUGAGGACAUGUCUUCUUUUUCAGAAAAAUGUCAAUAUCAGCCCUGAACAUAAAAGCUCAUAAUAGAACUAACACUGUUAUGCCAGUGUGGUUGGGCAAAUUGGAAUAUUCAUCUUCUGUAUCUGACAAAAGAUAACUGAACAAUUGAUGUUUAAUCUGUCAGAAACUAUGAGAGCAAAUGAAGUUCACCAUUGAUACUAGUAGUUAGUUCAGUAAUACAAAGUUGAGUCAAAUAUAUCCCACAAAGUACCUGCUGAUGAAUAAUAAUACAGUAAAUAACCAUAGAUUUUAAAUACCUUCUUACCUUUUUUUCACUGGCUUUAAAAAUUUGACAAACUUAAAUCUUUUUGCUUCACACAUUUUAGCACCACCAGUUGUAACACAUCUUAGCAGAUUCUACUUCAGGUUGCAUGAAAUUUGUGUUUUCUUCUUAGAAAAUAUUCAUGCUUGUAAUUGUUCCACACAGAUAAUUUAUAGAGACUAAUUUCAGUCACUUCAACAUUGGCAUUGACUUAUCAAAUAAGCAAUAACUAACUAGGCAGUAUCAGUAACAUCUGUUGACUCAUCAAGAGCCAAGGAAAACCACUCAGGGUCAUUUGCCUUGUUUUUUAUUGACUGUUGAUGUUGUUCCCAGUGUUCUCAAUUCUUAAAGCAACCGUUCUUGCCAAAAGGCUAAUUUAAUAGUCUUAAGCAAGUUUACUUUGGGCACGUUCCUUCAGCUGAUGGAAUCAAACACAAUUUAGUCAUCGUUAGUAAAAUGUUUUCCUUGCUUGGUUAACAACUGAAUCACUUUGGCUGCAACUUUAUCUUCAUUUUUGAUUUUUUUUUUUUUUUUUGGAGACUGAAUCUUGUUCUGUUGCCCAGGCUGGAGUGCAGUGGCACGAUCUCAGCUCACUGCAAACUCCACCCUGCAGGUUCAAGUGAUUCUCCUGCCUCAGCCUCCCAAAUAGCUGAGAUUACAGGCACAAGCCACCACGCCUAGCUAAUUUUUGUGUUUUUAGUAGAGAUGGGGUUUUACCAUGUUGUCCAGGCUGGUCAUGAACUCCUGACCUCAAGUGAUCCACCCACCUUGGCCUCCCAAAGUGCUUGGAUUAUAGGCAUGAACCACCGGCCCUGACUGCACUAUAUAGUAUUCUUUAAAAACAGCUCUAAUGACAUUGCAUAUUAAACAUCAUGCUCUGACGUCUAAUCUGAUUUUUAAAAAUCCAUAUACUAAUGUGCCUUAAAAAUGUCACUUCAAGUCUACUUUUAUUUUUUUCUCUUGUUUUGAUGUUACGGGUAAGCACUAGUAAUAAAUUUAAAAAUAUUGUGGUAUGACAAUAUAUGUAGCACUCAAAAUGUUGGUAACUGCAUUACUGCAAUUUUUAGUGUGCCAAGGAGCAAUGCAAAAUGAUGACAGCACCACAUAGGCCUCUUUUGCACUUACUCAACUCUGCCAUUCUAUUGUGAAAGCAAUCAUAGACAAUAGCUAAAUGAAUGAGUGUGGCCAUGUUCCAAUAAAAUUUCAUGAGCACUGAAAGUUGAAUUUUACAUAAUUCCGUGUGUUACAAAAUACUGCUCUGUUAGCCAUUAGAUUUUUUUCAGCCAUUAGAAAAUGUAAAACUAUUCUUAUGAGCUGGCUGGAUUUGGCCUGUGGACCAAAUUUGUUACCCCUAUUCCAGAGUAUUUUCGAGUCAGUUAAUCCAUGUUUGUCAGUUCCACAUUUUAUAAACCACAUUCAAACCUGUUAAUCUGCUGUUACCUUUCUCAUUUUGCCUUUUAGGUUUUAAAAUGAAGAGCAGUGUUUUGUUAGAGAAAACAAAGUGUUUACUAUAACAAGAAAGAUAUGUAGACAAGAAAGAUAUUUAUGUAGACUCUCUGUUCAUUAAAUUUUGAAGCCAGAUGACGCAUUGUUAGCUUUGACAACUGACUUAAAUUUUUGUAUAAUUAUUUAUCUUCGCAUUUUGCUCGGGUAAAUUAUCUUCCCAGAGUCUAGAAAUAAAGAUAUCCCUGAUCCUGUUUGAAAACACAAAUAAUCCUCUCAGUGUAAAUUGUUUUGAAAUAAGAUCUUAAAAGUACAAAAUGUAGACAAUUAAUAUUCAGGUGCUUAAUUUUGAGCCAAUAUGUAGAAAAGAAAAACUAAUUUCUCUGUGGCAGUAUUUUUAUUUUUUGGCAUUUCCCAGGAAUUAACUGAAGACUAGAAACUCCUAUGUGCAAGUGUAAUGACACUAACCAAAGAGUCAGUAAAAAUUACACUUGGCUACCACGUAUGUAUGUAUAUACGUAUGUAUGUAUGUGUGUGUGUUACAUAUGUGAGACAGGGUCUCACUCUGUUGCCCCAGUCUGGAGUGCAGUGGCAUGAUCUCAGCUUACUGCAGCCUCAAUCUCCCAGGCUGAAGCCAUCCUGCCAUCUCGGCCUCCCGAGUACCUGGGACUACAGACACCACCACGCCUGGCUAAUAUUUAAGUUUUUUAUAGAGACACAGUCUUGCCAUGUAGCCUGUGUUGGUCUUGAACUCCUGGGCUCAAGUAAUUCUCCCACCUUGGCCUCCUGUAGUGCUGGGAUUACAGGCAUAAGCCACUGUGUCCGGCCCCAUGUAUGUUAAUAGUGAAUGUUUGACUUUUCAUUUGUUUCUUUCAGCUAGUAAAAGAUACCUGUUACAGACACAGUAAUUUUCAUUUUCAAAGUCAUUUUUGACACAUCAGUGCUGCAUCUACUUUUCUCCCUUUAGCUCAUUUGAUAUUGAUACUUCCGAGAAACUUUAUAACUACCCUUAAAAUCUUGUCAGUGACCAUUAACUGCCAAUCAUCACCUCAUUUCCUUUUUUUGACAACAUACUACUAGAAGCUUAGGCUGUGAGUAUAAAACCAUAGCUGUUAGAGUGAUUUUUUGGCAAUAGCUCACAUUCUGUUAAGAGUCAUUUGCUUUAACCAAAGAUCAUGAUUUUAUUAUUUUUUUUUUAUAAGUAGGGAUGGGGCCAAGAUUACUCCUUUGGCACAGCAGUAAGUGUACUCAAGGUCUGUGCCUGUAAGCUUGAAUAUUUGGCUUAAAUUUUGUACAUAUAAAUACUGUUAAAGGUAUAUUUAACUACAUUUUGAAAGGAAAAAGGUAGUCCUGCUAAAAUUGACAUUUAGGGAUAUUUUAAUCUAUGUAUUUGGUAAAGUAAUUAGUGAAGUAUUAGUUAUAAAAAUUUUAAGGAAAACCUUUAAAAACAAAAUAGUCGUAUCAGAUAGAAUAGAAUAUACCAAAGAUAAAACAAGUCUCUGUUACAAAUGAAGUUGUCUGUACAGACAACUGAGAUAUUUUAAUUUUAUUUGCAUAAAAAUGCUGUUCAAUAUCUGAUGAUUUCUGUUGUUUGUAUUCUGUACUUUAGAGUAGUAAAAUAAGUUGGAGUAUCUC